AUGAUAUCAGCCACUCACGCCGAUACCAGACGUCCCCGUCGCACAACCGCUACGGAUAGAUACAGUGCUACGGGAGGGGGUAGGGGUGGUGGGGGGGGGGGGGGGGGGGGGGGGGUGGGGGGGGGGGGGGGGGGGGUGGGGGGGGGGGGGGUGGGGGGGGGGAGGCUAAAUCUUCGUGACUCUCCGAACAAUGAUGUGUGUGCAGGAGAAGUAUCCGCAAAAACUUUCCGGAAUCUAUAA